AUGGACUUCGGCCGAAGGAUUGUCCCGUUUGAUCCCAUCAUCGCACAAGGACAAUCCGAUUCCAGAUAUGGAUAUAACGGCCAGGAACUGGAUAGGACCAGCGUGGUACCCCACCCCACGCUCGAGAGCUUGUUGAUCCGCUCCGGAUCGCAGGCUGCUCACAUGGGGAUCUGGAUUCGUACCAAGGGCUUCUGA